CCAUCACAUGUGGAAACCAUGCCAACAUACCUGACGCUAUUGAAUGAAUGAGAGAAAAAGGGAGCCGAAAUUUUAAACAAAUUCUCUAAUAACCAAGAAUUGUGACAUGGACCUAUCAAUCCGAGGGGGGCCGACCCCUCGCCAAGCUCGUGUCUCGAGUGCAAAGGGGAAGAAGCCAAGCAAGACAAGCGGAUCGUUAUAUGACACACCUGAAGCACCGAGGCAAGGAGCUAGACCUCCAGCUGGCAAACCACCAAGAUAUGAGGGUGGUGUGGUGACGCAAUCUCAGGUAGAUCAGUACAAAAGACCAAAGAGCCGUGGUCCCAAACCAGACAAUGUACCAUCUCUAGACCUUGCUCGGCUUGCUGACUAUGAUAACACAGCAUCAAAACCGAUCUUGGACUACAAAGAGAAGAUGUCAACUCCAGAUACAGCCAGUACUGUCAGCUGGGGAUACCAUGACUACAAUGCUAAACCCUCUGGACGAAACAGCUCCCUCAAAGCCCCCUUUGCGCUCCACCACACCCCUCAGACGCCCCUCUCUGGUCAGAGUGUAUCCUGCCGGCCAGCCAAUGUUCCGAAGCUCAAUAUAGGAGACAAACAGAAACAAAAAGCAAAGACAGCAUGGGAUGACCCUGCUGUUCCAGAAAAUAUCCCUCCUCCCUCUGAAAGGCAGAAGAAGCAGUUCAAACAGCACCAGACUGAAGUAAAGCAGCAGUACAAACAGCAGCAAUCACAAGAGGGUGCUGGAAACCAAGCAAAACAGCAGGAGCCAAAACCAGAACCAGCGGUGGAGCUAGCUGAAGAUGAACCUUUAAACACAAACUGGAAUAAUGCAUCUCUGAGCACGAGACAAGAGGUCAACAAAAGAAUAGCAGCAGAGUCUGUGGCAGCGGAGAGAAUGAAGCAGCAUAUCAUGGAAACAGUACUUGUAGAUCAGCUCUCAAGAGCUCCAAUCAGUGAUCCAGAACAAGACCAGGUAUCAACACCAGCAUCCAGUCAUCGGUACUACUCACAGUCUCCUAAACCACGCAAUUUACAUGCUACAAAGGCUAAUCCUACCAACUCGGUGACAGAGAAGAUGCUUGCCAAACGUCUGAGCUUCAGCUGUAGAGUGGUGUCAAGGAGCGGGAACAUGGCUCUCAGAGAACUCUGUGGGUUCUACUUUGCUCUAGAUAAGACUAUGACCAUCUAUGAAUUCAGACAGUUUGGUAAAAAAGCUUCAGCUUUACCAUUCAUCAAGAGAGACACAUACAGGAGAAUGAUUGGAAGAAGAAAAGGGCUUCUAUAUACAGCACAGGACUUAACAAGGGGUGAAGAUCUAAGUUUUGAGACGGAGGACCAGCCCUCUCUUCCAGAGUGUCUUCAGAAGAAACCAGUCGCUGUUCUCAGAGUCACUGAUGUAGAUGAAGAUAUGAAGAAAGACUUUAUCUUUGGAGACAAUGUUCCUUACAAUGAUGUAGCAGUGAGGAAGGGUAUGCACCCUCAGAGGGCUAGGCAAGAAGCAGAGGACUGGAAACUCAUCUCUAAUGUACAAAAUGAAGUUCACAAGCAGAUCAAAAGCCGAGCAUCUAGGACGUUAACAGGUCUAGGGAAACACUUUAAGAAGCUUGAUAAAUCAGGAGACGGCACACUAGAUAAAGAUGAGCUGCAGGAAGCACUGAAGACAUAUCACAUCAAGCUCGAUAAAAAGCUCUUUGAUCAGCUGUGGUUGAUAAUCGACCAGAAUGGAGAUGGAGCGAUCGAUUACAGUGAGUUCUGCAGAGCAUUCAUCGGAGAAAUGAAUGAAUUCAGAAAACAUUUUGUUAUCAAGGCUUUUAAGAAGAUAGAUGCAAACAAGUCAGGAACUGUCGGCAUUGAUGAAGUCAAGAAGUUCUUCCGUGCUCACAAGCAUCCACUUGUUAUCUCAGGCAAGUCAACAGAGCAGCAAUUACUGAACGAUUUCUUGGAUGUGUUUGGACCUCGUGUGAAGGAGAUAUCCUAUGGAGAGUUUGAAGAUUAUUACGAGGGCGUGAGCAUAGCUACAAAGAGUGAUGAUGACUUCAUGAACUUAAUACAAGGAUGCUGGACAUUGUAAGCAAGUGCAGAAUUACAAAGAUACUCUAAAACAAUUACUUAUAAUUUCAAGCCAGAAUUCAUCAGCAAUUGCCUGCCCUGUCACCUUCAAACUUGCCCCACUCACUCUUCAUCUUCUGUAUGGUUGACUGGGCCUCACUCCAAGAAGCGUGCUGGAGACAUUGCUUUCCCUUCGGUUGCUGCAAGGUUGUGGAACAAGCUACUCACCACCCUGAAGACUGCUUGACUGUGGAACAGUUCAAGAAACUUUUGAAGGUGAUUUCAUAAAAUAGCAUGGAUUUCUGUGUUUUUUAUUGACUCAGCUGGUCAUUUUGAAGUGUUUUUACCUUUGUUAAGCAGCCCUUAUACCACUUUGGGGAGCGAAUUUGGAAUUUGGAAUUUGGAAUAGAGAGGGCAUCAGCUGGCAGUGUUUCUCAUGGGUAUAUGUGGAGCUCUGUGUGUCGUCCCCAAGUCGGAUGCUUUCUACAAAAUGAUUAAUUAAUUCCUUUGUAAGACUUUUUAGUUAUGUAAAAAUCAAAAAGCCAUUGAUUGCUAUCUUGGUUAAGUAGAAGGAACCUUUCAGUUUCUCACAUUGUUAACAUAUUUAAGACUGAACAAAUUAUAUGCCAUGGUUCCUUUAUGCCUGUGCUUCCUAUCAAUUAUGGUUUCCUUUCUCUUUUACACUACUAUUUUCUCUGUAUAAUGUUCCCAUGAAAACAAUUAGAAAUAUCCCUACAUGGUCAAACAGUAACUAUAGGUAAGUCAAAGUGGAAAUCUACAGAAUUAAAAAUAGAAAGAUACCCCUUCCAAAUAACGUAUAGAAUUUCUAGUGUAAGCCAAGAGAGAGCUUCCCAUUUUAUUCCUCAUUUUUUAAUUUCAUACCUUCCCAUUUGGACCUUCAAGGACUUCAGGAGCAACACGUUUUGUGAAAUAUGAAUGUAUUCAUGUACAAACUGUGCAGAACCGCCAUAUUUAUCCAUUUGAUUUUAUGUACAUGUGAAAGUGAUAUGAAUCUGCUAAAUGGAAAUUAAUUUAAAGGAGCAAACUUGUUUCAAUUGUCUUCAGAUCUGAACAUUCCUUCUGUUAUUCCAAAUCAUGUUUUAUCAUUUUCUGUAAAACAGAAAUUUUUCAGUGAAUCAGUUAAUAUAAUCUUCUAUGAAUGUAGAUUGUAAGUAUGAUGUAUUCUUCAUGUAUGCUUUCAAGGAGGGUCAGUUACGUUGUACCAUUGCAGCAUGGAAAUAGUUUUCACAUACAUAUCUUUCAUUGUAGCAUUCAUGUUCAUGUAUUCAAAUUUCAUUCUUAAUUAACUUCAAAUAUGUAUUCUAUUACCUUCACUACCAGAAAGCUAUCUCUAUCAUUAUUCCAGAAUUGCCUGACAUAGCAACUUUCAUUCUAGCGAUUGACACUCCUACAAUGCUUAUUUUAAAGCGUUUGAGAAACAAUUGUUGGUAUAUUUAUUUCAGUACAUACAGGUAUUUAAAGAAAAAUGUAACUGCCGUAAUGGAAAGUAAAACUAUGAAUAUCUCAGAGACUGCCAUGAGGCCAGAUUUCAAGUAGGAGGUUUAGUUUGAAACAUGGUUACAAGUUACAACCUCCAAAAGGGUAGUUUGUGCAUGGCCUCAAGUCUACUUAACAAGCAAUGUAUGCUUGGACAUGUUUGUAUAUGCUUAUUUUAAACCCAUAGUGGAAGUUUGAGACUGGUAUGAAUGUAAACAUCCUUUGUGGACAUCAAAAUGUAAACUUGUAUCUUUAUGUUGAGUCAAGAAUUUUUGACAGAAUAAAAUUUUAGUACCAUUUUUAUAGGUGUUGAUAUAUGAAUAAGGCCUAAAUGAAGUACAGGAGAGUGCUAUUCACAAAGACUUGUGAGAAAUACUUAAAGCAGCGCAAUUUUCAAAGUUUCAAGAUUUAAUCUUUAAUUGUGAAGUUAAAAUUAUUGAUACCUUUUGUUAUCAAAUUUGUAUUUACCUUUACAUCUUGAAUAAUCUAACAUUUCAUCAAGUUCUUUCUUGAACUACAGAUAGCAACUACUUUCAGAAGAAUUACGUCUGAGUCAUAUCCCAUAGAAAUCAUGUUUGGAUUAAUUACAUACUGGCUGGAAUGCUCCCCAGGGAGUGGAAAAUGUGCAUACAUUGUGUGCGGGUAAGCCUGAAUCCGAUGACUGGGGUAAUAAUAUAUCUGUAAAGCGCGUAGGCACAUCGUCGGAUCGACGUAUUGAGCGCUAUUUAAACACGGAAUAUUAUUAUUAUUAUAAUGCUUCAUAGUAACGUUUGCACAUUUCAAAAGGUGACAGACAAGGCUAUUAAGAGUUCAUCAAGUUGAUUUUUUUCUGGAAUUCUUUGCUAUCCCGUUUGAUGUAGCUUUAGGUAAAUCAUUUAAAUCAAUUUCGUGAUCAGUACAAACAGUUUUUAACAGAUUGUGCUUUAUUAUGUAUAUGGGUUUAUAUAUUCUUGCCAUUAAGGAUAAUGAACAAGUGUUACAUGAUGUAAUCAUUGUCAGUGUUGAUAAUGAAAGUAAUGAACAAUGAAAUAGAAAUUUAACUUAUUAUCAUGCAUAAUAUCUGUAUAUAUAUGAAUAAACUUAAUUGAUAUAAUGUA